AUGAUCACGAAUGCUGUUAAUGUGGGAAUCGCAGUGCAAGCUGAUUGGGAGAAUCGAGAAUUCAUCUCUCACAUCUCUUUGAACGUCCGUCGCCUCUUCGAAUUCCUAGUUCAGUUCGAGGCUACGACAAAGAGCAAAUUGGCAUCACUGAAUGAAAAGCUUGAUAUGUUGGAGCGUCGUCUAGAGCUGAUUGAAGUUCAAGUUGGCACAGCAUCAGCUAACCCCUCUGUUUUCAGUUGAAGUCUCUAGAUGCCCGGGUAGAUGAUAUAUAUAAAGGUAGAUGUAACCAAGUUGAGUUACUGUAAAGAAUAAAUAGCCUGAUCUGCAAUCCAUUUGGAGUAGGGUUAUUAGGGUUUAUUUCAUUUCAAAUUUUGUCACAGUUAUGAUUAUUCAAGCCUCGUAGCUAAUGAUCAUGUUAUUAUUUUU